UCAUAAUUCGAAAAGCCUCUACAGUCCUAAAGAUGAAGUGCAUCGUUGUAUUCGGCCUCCUGGUGACACUAAGUGCGGUUCUGUGCCAAGAAGACCCACCAGAACCCGUGUUCAAACCUCCAAGACCCGUUGGAGUGAUUUAUUUACUCCAACUUUUGGACCAAAAGCAACCAGAAACCUUAAAUGGAGACGAAGUCCAAAACACCAUUCCUUACAGAAAUUUGAAACUUUUCAAGAACUUUAACACCAUUGAACAAGAGAAACCCAUCCGUGAGAAAAGAUCGCCAGGAUAUGGCAGCGGCGGCGGCGGCAUUUGCCACACUUGCGGAGGCGGCGGCGGUGGCUAUCCCGGCGGCGGUGGCGGUUUUGGAGGCGGCGGCGGGCACGGAUCGAGCGGUUCCUGGAGUCAGUCGUCGUCGUCUGCGGGAAGCUGGGGCAGUGGGGGCGGCGGUGGCUAUGGGAAAGGAAAAUACGGAAAAUAACCAAAUCGGAGUUUCGCACGUGUAACAUUGCCGCAAUAAAGCAUUGAGAAAA